AUGUCAAGUGAAGCCCCCAACCCCACACCCGCCUACGACAGCCAAGUAGUCUACGGCGAUAAAGCCCUCUACGCCCGCCUGAACACCCUUAUAACAGACCAUCAAUCCAAAAAGGACACCACAAAUUUAAGACAAGUAGAAUCCUUCGAGAUCCCAAUCCGCUCCGGAAAAGCUUGGGUCGUGAAGAAAGGACAAGUCCUAACCCUCACCACCCCCCACGGACCCCAAGUAGGCGAUCUCAACAUAUUCUCUCUCACGAAUCCGCGUGAACGCCUUUGGGCAUCACGAACGCGUCAACUGCACGCCUCACACGUGAGUAUCGGCGAUCGACUAUGGUCGAAUCUACCGUACUUACGUCCGUUAUGUACUAUAAUCGGGGAUUCGCUUGCAAACUAUGGAGUUGAUGGGAAUGGAGGACGUGUACAUGAUUUAUUGGGGACGAGAUGUGAUCCUUACGUAAACAAGAUAUUGGCGGACUCGUCGUUUGAUUACCACUGCCACUCCAACCUAACCCGCGCCAUCCUCCCCUACGGACUCCACGAAUCCGACGUCCACGACGUCCUCAACGUCUUCCAAGUCACGGGUCUCAACCGCGACGGGAAAUACUUCAUGUCGCCCUGUCCGGCCAAGCCCGGAGACUAUUUCUCAGUGCUCGCCGAAACAGAUCUGUUGUGUGCGUUAUCGACGUGUCCCGGGGGCGAUCUGAGUGUUUAUGGGUGGGGAGAGGAGAGUGCGCGCAGGAUGUUGGAGACGUGUAGGCCGAUUGGGGUGGAGGUGCUGGAAAUUGUGGAGGGGAAACGGGAUGAGGUUUUGGAGGGGUGGAGGGAGAGUGAGGUUGCUAAUCGGAGGGGGGGUGGGUAUGAGGGGUUGCAUGGUUUGGGGAUGCCGGUAUUUGGGGUGUAG